AUGUCACAUACCUCAGAUAACAUACAAUCGAGAUACCCAUUAAAAGAUUCAUCCAAUUAUGGAAAUUUGCUAGAACUCACUCCUUCAAAAUCAAAAAACCAACUUGGUUCUGCGUUUCCAAUUACUCAGAAUACUCCACCUGAAAGCAUGUCUACUGUCAAGAAAUCAGAAACAUCAUUUGCAACCCCAGUAAAAUAUGUCGAUUUUGAUAAUGUCUCACUUAUGGAAUCUAGUUCAGAUGUCAUGGUGAAAUCAACUUACUUGUCUCCUGCAUUUUCUUCACCAACCCAAAAGAUUGAAAAUUCCAACAAGGAAGAUUUAUCUAUAACAAAACCAACUCAAAGUUCCCCAAUUAAGAAAACACUGAAAAAUUCAAAGUCUAAAGAGUCUACCAAACCAUCAAGUGCAUCCUCUUCUUUUUCAUCUUCAUCCUCAUCAUCUUCAUCAUCGGGAGUAGCUUUCGACCCUUCUUCCGAAGAGAAACCACCAUAUUCAUAUGCUACUUUAAUUGGGAUUUCCAUAUUGUCACAUCCAGAAAGGAAAUUGACAUUGUCUCAUAUAUACCAAUGGAUAUCAGAUACUUUUAAAUAUUACAAGAAAGGUGAUGUGGGUUGGCAAAAUUCCAUUAGACACAACUUGUCAUUGAAUAAAGCAUUUAUCAAAGGUGAGAAAUCCAAAGAUGGGAAAGGCCAUUUCUGGUGUAUUAAACAAGGGUCAGAAGAACAAUUUUUGAAAAGCAGAAGUGUCAAGAAGGGUUCUUAUCAAGAAGUAAUUGACCAAAUUACACAAGCAGCGAAAUUGAAUGCUGCUGCCGCUACCAACAAGACUGGUUCUGAAACAACUGAUAUCAACGACGCUGUUGCGAAAAUUGAAUCACAAGAAACCGAAAGUCAACCUAAGAAAAAAUCAUCCAAGAAACAUACAUCCACGAACAUCCCAUCAUCGCCUAAUUAUCCAACUUUGAAAAGAAAAAUCGACGAUAGUAAUAGCCACAAAUCAAAUGAUUAUGAUUAUGAUGGAGAUGAAGAUAUUACAAUUAUUGAUCCACCAAUGAAAAAAUUCAAGCUGGAGAUCAAUAAAUUAGGUGAUCCAUGGCAAUCCUCCAUUUCUGACUACAUUAACACGAGUAAUAACAAUGAUAGAGAAGUCAUUAACCUUCUUACAACCACUCCUAAGGCAGGAUCACCACCUAGAUUUGUUAUUGAAUCACCAAAUAAACCAAUGUUGGCUGGUAAAAAUCUCACAUAUACUUCUUCAUUCAGUUGUAUUUCAAAUUUUGAAUUAUCUCCUGCGAGACCUGUUGAAACCGGUCCUCUUUUAGAACCAAUGACUCCGGCAAACAACAUAUCUCGACACUUCCAAUCACAGCAGCUGCAUCUUGUUGCAAAAUCCCGAACACCUAAAUCAUCUGUCAUAAAAACACCAAUACGAAACAUUCGUACUCCACAAACUAAUUCUAUAAUCAAGAAGUUAUGGAAUUCUCCUUCGUACUUGGAUGACUUUUAUUACAGUCCAUUGGUUAACAAUUCACUCAACUACCUUGGACAACCUUCUCAAUCUAAAUUGUCCACAGUUACUGCCAGUUUUUCUUCUUAUGAUGAUGAUGAUAUGAUUUUAAGAAAUUUUGAACAUCCUCAUAUUCAAUCUUCACCAAUAUUAGGUAGUUCUAGGGAACAAUUUGUUGACAAGAAAAGUGAAAACAAUACUAGUUGUAAGAAUUUACUUGAAGAUUUGAAGAAUGUUGAGAAACGUGGUGAAUCAAAGAACUAG